AUGACUACCAUCUGGACAGGCGACCUCCAACAACUCUUACAAUGCCCCGUUGCCGGGUGCGACGAGACUCUGUACCAGCCCACCACGCUCGAUUGCGGCCACACGGUCUGCAAACAUCAUGUCCAAGGGCAUGCGUGUCCCGUGACGACUUGCGCGGCUGAGAUGCUUGACGAAGAAAUCGUCCCCCGACCAAUGAGGUUACGGAUUCCGCCUGGGUCGCGGAUGGAGUACGAGGCUUCGUUAUCUGGGAGCGGUGAACGGCCGCAUUUGGACUUGCAGGAACCGCCAAAGGUCAACCGGACGGUGGAAGACAUUCUCGCGUUUCUGGACGAGGAGGACGAUAUUGGCGAUGCGCUCAAACCCAAGACAAUCUUCACUUCCGAACUCUAUGCGAAACUAACUUGCUUGUCUUGCUCCAAGCUGCUCUACAACCCCAUUACCACGCCGUGUCAGCACACCUUCUGCGCUGAAUGUCUCCGCAUGUCGCUAUUCCAUGGCAACACCUGCCCGCUGCGUUGUCGCUCCAGGUUUGGGGGCUUUGAGUUUUGGGAGGAGCAUCCGAUGGACAGCUUGAUGCAGAAUUUACUGCUCAAUUUCUUUCCCGACCAUACAGCGCAACGAGAUCAGGCAAAUGAGGGCAAGAAACAAGACAGCGCGUGGACACCCAUCUUCAUUGUGUCCCUUGUUCUUCCCGGUCAAGAGUGUAGCUUUCAGAUAUUCGAGCCCCGCUACCGCCUUAUGCUUCGUCGCUGUCUCGAACACACCCACAAGUCGCAGUCUUCCUCCGGUUUCCCGACAAUGGGCCUGAUGAUGCAUGAUGGCCGUGCCAACGUGCUCAGAUACGGCUGCCUGGUCGAAAUAACCAAAGUACAGAUGGUCUAUGACGGGCGGGCCUACGUCGAAGUCCGGGGCACUGUGCCCUUUCGCGUUGUCCACGGAGAGUCGUUAGACGGCUAUGUUGUCGCGCGAACAAAGAUUCUCAGAGAUAUUCCCGCUUCCUUGCCAUCACCAACCCCACGCAGCCGCUCGACCCAUAACGACAAGCUCCAGAUCCCCGACCUUGUCGAGAUCUGUCUCGGGUUUCUCUCCCUGAUGAAGCGCCACGGCCACGAUGUCGUCGAUCGCAUAACGCGGGUUCACGGUCAGCCACCCAUCUCCAACCCGUCGCUAUUAAGCUUCUGGUUUGCGCGAAUUCUCCCUCUAAAUGACUUUGAGAAGGCGGAGAUACUGGCCAUGCAGAAUAGCAGAGACAGACUGGAUCGCGUGAUUUAUUGGAUAUCGAGGGCGGCGGGGCCUGAACUGGUAUAG